UUAUAUAUGAUACGAUUCAGAAACCACAUUCGAAAACAUCUUAAAGUGGAAAAAGGAAAAAUCAAGAACAAAAAUGAGCAACCCACAUAUAUUAGCUGUUCCUUUGCCAGCACAAGGUCAUGUGAUUCCCUUGAUGGAGCUGUCACAAUGCUUAGUUAACCAUGGCUUCACAGUCACAUUUGUGAACACAGACUACAACCACAAGCGAGUCGUGAAUGCCUUGGCUGCUGAUGAAAGUCAGUUAUCGGAUCGUAUUCGCCUAGUUUCACUUCCGGAUGGCUUAGAGCCCUGGGAAGCCAGGCAUGAGGUAGGAAAGUUUUGUGAAGCAACGCAAAGAGUCAUGCCUGGGAAGUUGGAGGAGCUGAUAGAGAAGAUCAACCAAGGGGAAGGUGACAAAGUCACUUGUGUCAUUGCUGAUGAGAGUGCCAGGUGGGCUCUGGAAGUGGCAGAGAAACUGAAUAUCAGGCGAGUUGCCUUCUUCCCUGCAUCAGCUGCAAGUUUGGCUUUGCAAUUCUCUAUCCCAAAGUUAAUUCAUCAAGGAAUCAUCAACGACGAUGGAACUGUUUCAAGAAGCCAGAUGAUUCAGUUGGCACCGGACAUGCCCACCAUGAAAACUACAGAAUUUCUAUGGGCAUGCAUGGGUGACUUGACCGAGCAGAAGAUAGUAUUUCAACUUAUGGUAAGAAAUAACAAGGCUGCGAAAUUGGCAGAGUGGAUUGUUUGCAACUCAGCAUACGAACUCGAGCCAGCAGCAUUCACCAUGGCACCAGAGAUUUUACCAAUAGGCCCGCUUCUGGCAAGCAGCCGGCUUGGAAACUCAGCAUGCUACUUCUGGCCACAAGACUCAACUUGCUUACAGUGGCUGGAUCAACAGCCACCAUGCUCAGUCAUCUAUGUUGCAUUUGGCAGCACCACAGUUUUUGAUCAAACACAAUUCCAAGAACUGGCUCUGGCUCUUGAGCUGUCCCAAAGGUCAUUCCUCUGGGUUGUGAGGCCAGAUAUCACUGACAAAACAUCUGAUCCCUACCCAGAAGGAUAUCAAGACCGUGUGGCCUCUUGCGGUCUGAUGGUUGGUUGGGCACCUCAACAAAAGGUUCUAGCUCAUCCUUCCAUUGCUUGCUUCUUAAGCCACUGUGGUUGGAACUCUACAAUAGAAGGUCUAAGCAAUGGAGUUCCUUUCUUGUGCUGGCCAUACUUUUGUGACCAGUUCCUUAAUGAGAGCUACAUUUGUGAUGUCUGGAAGGUUGGGUUGAAGUUGAAAAAGAAUGAAAAUGGGAUCAUACCACAAGGAGAAAUCAAGAGCAAGGUGGAACAACUGCUUGGUGAUGAAAACUUCAAAGCAAGAGCUUCCAAACUGAAGGAAAUGGGCAUGACAAGUGUCCAAGAAGGUGGCCAAUCUCACAGGAUCUUUAAGAACAUUAUUGAAUGGAUGAAGACAUAGGCAAGUCACCUAUCUUUUUCUUUGGAAUUAAAAAAAAGUUAAAAAGGAAACACAGGACAUGUGCCACUGUUCAAGUAUCAGUAAUGUAAGACCAAGACCUCAGCUGAUGUACUGAUGCAAUAAUUAAAAGAAAAGGAAAAAAAAACAUCGGGAAACUUUCAAGCUUUUUUUUACUGCAGUGUAAAAUUUUCUAUUUUCAGUUUAUAUAAUAUGCCCUAAAACGU